CCGUCAUCAAAUAGCAAAGCCAAAAGCAGCGUGGCAGGAUCCUCUUACUGCAACGCCAGAGUCUGCUUGGGGACACAGCCUCAGCAACCUGUGUCUUGCUUCCCCAGGAGCUUCAGGGCUUUUGGGAGUCUUGUCACAGUCACCUGAGGCCCUGCAACGACUUAACGAGACCCUCGGAGUCUCUGCCCCAGGAACCAAGCAUGACCCGGGAUGAGUCCCUGCCAGAUUCUCACUCCACUCAGGGCUUCUAUGAAAACUAUGAGCCCAAGGAGAUCCUGGGCAGGGGCGUCAGCAGCGUAGUCAGGCGCUGCAUCCACAAGCCCACGUGCAAGGAGUAUGCUGUGAAGAUCAUUGACGUCACCGGCGGGGGCAGCUUCAGCGCCGAGGAGGCGCAAGAGCUGCGGGAGGCCACGCUGAAGGAGGUGGACAUCCUGCGCAAGGUCUCCGGACAGCCCAACGUCAUACAGCUGAAGGAUACUUAUGAAACCAACACUUUCUUCUUCCUGGUGUUCGACCUGAUGAAGAGAGGCGAGCUCUUUGACUAUCUCACCGAAAAGGUCACCUUGAGCGAGAAGGAAACCAGGAAAAUCAUGCGGGCCCUGCUGGAGGUGAUCAGCGGCCUGCACAAGCUCAACAUCGUGCACCGGGAUCUGAAGCCCGAGAACAUUCUCCUGGACGACAACAUGAACAUCAAGCUCACCGACUUUGGCUUCUCCUGUCAGCUGGAGCCGGGGGAGAGGUUGCGAGAGGUGUGCGGGACCCCCAGCUACCUGGCCCCGGAAAUCAUCGAGUGCUCCAUGAACGACGACCACCCGGGCUACGGGAAGGAGGUGGACAUGUGGAGCACCGGGGUGAUCAUGUACACGCUGCUGGCUGGCUCCCCACCCUUCUGGCACCGGAAGCAGAUGCUCAUGCUGAGGAUGAUCAUGAGCGGAAGCUACCAGUUCGGCUCCCCGGAGUGGGACGAUUACUCGGACACUGUGAAGGACCUGGUCUCUCGCUUCUUGGUGGUGCGCCCCGAGAACCGCUGCACAGCAGAAGAGGCCCUGGCGCACCCCUUCUUCCAGCAGUACGUGGUGGAGGAGGUGCGGCACUUCAGCCCUGCCGGGAAGUUCAAGGUCAUCGCGCUGACGGUGCUGGCCUCCGUGCGGAUCUACUACCAGUACCGGCGCGUGAAGCCGGUGACCCGGGAGAUUGUCAUUCGAGACCCCUACGCGCUGCGGCCCCUGCGCCGCCUCAUCGAUGCCUACGCCUUCCGCAUGUACGGGCACUGGGUGAAGAAGGGGCAGCAGCAGAACCGCGCCGCGCUGUUUGAGAACACCCCCAAGGCGGUGCUGCUGUCCCUGGCGGAGGAGGAGGACUUCUGAGGGGCAGGGCUGGCGGGAGGCGGAGGGCCUGGAAUCUCCUCCCCAUUAUGUGGGCUGCGGCCCUCGGUCUGUCACCAGGGGCCUCUGCCCCAGGUCCUGCUGGGGACAGAGACCAGGAGAUGCCAGCCACGAAGCCACAGGAGACUUCGGCCACCUGUUGUCCCAGACUCGGUCAUAGAGGCCAGAGCCCAGCACCAUGAAGGGCCAGGGGAAGCCUGGUGUUUCUUCAGUACUUUUUACUGCGUUCUCCCAGACCCCCAGAGGCUGAAACUGGUUCCUGACAGUAACAGGGGAGCUGCUGACCAGCAAACACGGGGUGCAUCUUCUUUCUACAAGAAUUUGCUAGGAAGCUGGUGUGGCACUGGCAGGCCUAUAGUCCCAGCGCUCAGGAGGCUGAGGUCAGAGUUUGAGGCCAGCCUGAGACCUGUGUCAACAUCCCCCAGCCCCUACCCCCCAAAAAGAGAAAAAAGAAUUUGUUGAGGAACUAGAGCUGCCUGAAGAGAACUUGCCUCAAGGAAACAAUGUCAGAUCUCUGAAUCAGCCAGGGAGAAAGGGAAUGGAACAGAUUUAAACAUCACUGGCCAUCGGCCUCCAAAGCAGACUACUGGUGUCAAGGAUCCCUUCCCACUGUCAUCAGCACUUGACCUUUAAGGGGAGCCCCCAGCCCCAGGGCCCUGCAGGCCUGCUCUCCACAUGGCACCCGCCCUGAGCAGGGUUCCCUGCAGCCUGGCGGGAGGUGGCAAGGGAAUGAAGGAUGUGGGUGCACUUGAAAUAUCCAGGGAGUGACAGGGAGCAGCAGGUCUCUGCACACUCAGCUCACAGCUCUCCAAAGGCCCGGCCCACACUGGCCGCACAGCGGAAGCCCAGGUUGUCUGAGGCUGAAUCAGGAGUAUUUCCCAUCCUGCCAAUGGAAGGGGAGAAAGAAUGGAUGUUUGUUGAACAAGCAAGGGGCUUGGCCUUUCCAGGCCUCCUAGUUGCACCCUGACUGGGCCCAGAGGUCUGGGUGCCUGAGGUGGGGGAGCCCCCGUCAUGCUGGCCUCGCAGGAGGGGUUCUGAGCAGUGCCAUGUCAGGGGAGGAGAGCAGGACCCAGCAGGGUAGGUGAAGGUGCCAGGUCAGCCCAGACGCCUGGAGCCCAGGUAGGACAGUUGUGCCUCUGCUAAAGAAUGGCACAGGUGCUCCCUGAUGCUACCUCACCUCCGGACUGCUCAGGAAGAAUCAGGCCCCAGGUAGGUGGAAGUGUCCUGCCUGAGGUCAUCUCCCUACUGCACCCCAAAAACAGAGACAAACCCUAGCUCGCAGGUGGCGACUUUCUGCACUCUUUGUCCAGAAAUAGAAAGUUCUUCAAGAACCCAGGAUGGGAGAAGCCAGCAGCUGGUGGGGUCCACCGGGGUGAAGCAGAGCCCCUGACAGGCAGGGAUUCGGGACACCACCCCGCAGGCAUGGCCCCUAGCCAGGAGCCCCCGAACCUUUUGCUUUUCAUCAUAAAACAGUGACUAUGGAACAUGUUCUGUGAGCCCGUCUGAAGAGUCAGUGAUUCCAGGACUACUGGCAGUGACCCACUACUGCAGCCACACCACUUCCCCUCGUCCACUGACUGUGAGGACAAGUGUGGACCCUGACAUCUCCCCAGGUGUGAGAGCCAGUGGGACAAGGUCCCCCGCUGUCUUGGUCCCUCUUGCUUUCUGUGGCCAUGCUACUCACUCUGUCCCCUGCCUACCACUCUCGAUGGAAAUGGGGUACAGCAGCAGCACCCACCAUGCUCCUGAGUGGGGGUCCCUUGGGUCAAGUCCCUCACCUGGUGGUGACCCGAGCCCGGUGAUUGGCAGAGCCAUCAGCUGUGUCGAUCCAGGAUGCGCCCCGGAGGACACGCAUGUCCUGCUCAGCGGGCUGGUAGGAUGACGCCGUCCACUCCCACACGUUGCCCAUGAGGUCAUAGAGCCCUGUGGGAAAGUGGGGGCAGCCAGGGGAUCCUUUACUCUGCCUCCCCCACCGGGCAGGGCGAUGUGUCCCACUGAGCAACCUGCAGGAAGCCUUACCGUAGUCGUUCUGUGGGGGAAAGGCAUUCACUGGGGACACUCCGUGGAAGCCGUCCUCAGCUCUGUCACCCUUGGGGAACUUUCCCUGAUGGCAGAAAUGACCACUGAAGGACAAUCAGUCUGUCUCAGGGCAGGAUCUCGCUACCCAGAUUCUAGCUCACCUGCCCUGCUGUGUCACCAGGCAGGGUAGGGCACAGGUGGGACCUUUCGGUUCCUGUCCAAGCACCUGCCACCUCCUACCAGGAUCUCUGGCUGGACUUUGAAGGCCACAGGUUUCCAUGGGGCCCACUGUAGUCUGUCAUGCUUGCCCUGUGCCUGGUUCACCACCCUUGGCAACUUCCUCCCCUCCUGUUUGCAGCCUGAGGCCAUGGCCCUGUGACAAAAGAAGCAUCCCCCCCCCCCAAAAAAAAAAAAGCAUCCCUACUUCUCUGGUCAUCAGAGCCACUCCCUGGUCUUCCUGGGAUCACUGACAUCCCAGGCUGUCUCUCUCUGUCUCUCCCUUCUGCCACCAACACUGGUAACCCCUUUUCAUCUGCCCUGACUCAACCUUCCAACCCGCCUGCUCUUCACCAGCAAAAUUCCUUACAAUGUGACCUACAUUUGCUGAUUUCAUUUGUUCAACUUGUCCAUUUUCUUUGCAUUAAAACUGAGCACCAA